UUGUGUCCAGUGUACUCAAGACUAUGGUGCCGGUUAAUCUUGAAUGGUGUAAUGAGAUUGAGAGGAGGUUGUCUACUACCAGUGUUGAUAGCGAGUAGCUACGACCCACACUGACGUCUGGAGUCUCACCGUCAAGUGCACGAUGCUGGACCUGGGCGCAGCAAAGAAGCAGGCAGCUAUUACUAUUGAGGUCAUGGAGGACUCCUGUAUGGGGAACACUGGUAAACAAAUAAGGACGAGCAACACACUGGCACUGAUGCGACCUGGAUUUCGUCACCACAGAAAAGAGAACUUUGUGUGUCAAUCUUCCCUGUCGCGCUCGGCAACCGAGAAUGCUGAGGAGAUCACCACAUUCUGGAAGCUGAACGGAGCUUCCCCAGAGACCCCCAGCCACCAGGGCCUGCACCGGGAGCUUCUCCUCAGCCACAAGAGGUGGGAGAGAGGUCUGCUGGAGGAGAAGCCAGAGCUGAAACGGGUUCUGGAGCAGCGGCGACUGGACCUGGACCGAGAGCAGGAGUUGGCCCUCCGCCCGCCCUCUGACCUGGAGCAGAAGCUCUGCAAACAGCAGCUCAGGCUGCAGGAGUAUGAACAGGAGGAGCUGAGGAGGCGAGAGGGCCAAGUGGACAUCCCAGAGUUUGUGCGCGUGAAAGAGAAGCUGCGACACAUUCACAUGUCCGAAGAAAGUGCCUGAGACGCCAUUCCACAGCCAGAGUCUGGACCGGUGUCUGGAGUCUGGCCCGGCGUCUGGAGUCUGGACCGGUGUCUGGAGUCUGGACCGGCGUCUGGAGUCUGGAGUCUGACCGCCCCUCUGCAACAGUGGAAAAAAAAAGGAUUUCUAUGGUAGUCUGAGUUUAGUGGUAACUAUAGCGAUGCAUGUCAACAGCGUAUGGAAACACAGAUCAGAAGAGUAGGACAUCGCCAUGAGUGCUGAAGACUUUAGCUGCUUUUCUUCAUACAUAGCUGCAAUGAAUGGAUUUUGAGAUGAAUUUUGAGUCUGUGUUGGUUUGAAGUAACCGUUCUGUGAAUGAGCUAUUUUCUAUAUCAUCUUUUUUUUUACUUACAGGGGAAAAACAAACCAUCCCUGUGUCAUUGUCUUAAUCAAGACCUUUCAAAUACCAUUUGUAUUGUUAUUAUACAAUUGUUGUAUGAAUUGAUAUAAUUAUUUUAUGAUUUAUAAAACCCAUGUAAUGCUACAGGUACUCUGUACAAGACAGGACAGGACAGUACUGCACAAGAACAGCGAUGACCCUAGCUUUGGUCAGACUGACGCUUAAAUAAGGGGAAAAAUGAAAUGCACACAAAUAAACUCAUCUGGUUCCCUCCA